CGGUGAUGUGCCGUGUCAUUGUUUACCAGCCUACAUACAGAGAAAGAGAAGAAGAAGAAAACGAGCGAAGAAGACACGAAAACGAACGUCGCUUGAAUUAUUUUUAUCAGUACCAUGCCGAAGAGGAAAGUUACGUUUGAGGACGGGGACGGGGAGUUUGAGCUGGAUGACGACCUCCCAAACAAAAAGAGUGCUGAGGUCGUGAGUGGACCAGGCUCCAGGUUUAAGGGCAAACAUUCCCUUGAUAGCGAUGAAGAGGAUGAAGGGGAAGAGAAAAACAGCAGCAAAUAUGAUAUUCUGGCCAGUGAUGACGUUGAGGGCCAAGAGGGAGCAACAAUUGACUUUGACGAGGGAGUCUCUAUUACACCUUUCAACCUGCAAGAGGAGAUGCAGGAAGGACACUUUGACUCCGAGGGAAACUAUUUCAUCAAAAAGGAAGAACAGAUUAGAGACAACUGGCUUGACAACAUUGACUGGGUGAGAAUUAAAGAACAGCCCUUCAAACAAAAGAAAAAAGGUCUUGGAGCCAAACGGAAACGCAGAGUUGGUGAUGAGGAUGAGGCUGAGGAAGAGAAACAGAGAGAAGAGAAGCAGGCAGACAAAGAAAAUGAUGAUGAAGAAGAAGAAGAGGAGGAGGUGGAGCCCGCAGAGGACCCGCUGGCAUCCUACACGCAGCAUCAGCUCACUGAAGCUGUGAUUGAACUGUUGCUUCCUGGGGAGACAGUUGCCAAAGCGCUUCGUCGGCUAGGAGGCCUUGGAGGACAGAAGAAGGGGAAGCUGAGGGAAGAGAGUGAACCCACAGAGGAGACCAAAAGGGAUACAGAAAAGCUUGACAGGCUCACAGCACUAGCUGACAGAUUGGUUGGAUCUGGGAUGUUUGAGAUCUAUCAGCAAACAUAUGAAAAACUGGCCUAUUUGUUGAAGAGCAUGAGCAGCACCCGACCAGCUGUGGGGAGGGAACACGGCGGUGAUGGUGAUGAAGAGGAAGACGAACUCGACAUGUUUGCAGAUAAAUUUGACGAGUCGCAUACAGCGGAUAAAAAGGAAGCAGAAGACAAUAAAGUGAGCGAUGAGGUGAUGUGGGAGUACAAAUGGGAAAAUAAGGAUGAUUCUGAAGUUUUUGGCCCCUUCACCAGUCAGCAGAUGCAGGAUUGGGUGGAUGAAGGCUAUUUCAGCUCAGGUGUUUACUGCAAGAGGGUUGACCAGGAGGGAGCUCAGUUCUACAACUCAAAGAGACUGGACUUUGAGCUCUAUACAUGAUCAGUGUCCCAUAAAUGAAUCAUAACCACCAUGGUCACUCUGCAGUCACAUUUUGCCCUCGAUCUAUCUUCAGUCUUUUGUCCAGGGCUUUGGUGUCAGAUCUAUCAUUUUAACAGGGGCUUUGUUUUCUGUGCAUUGGUUUUAAAUAAAUAACUCAUGUAUGUGG